GUCUCCCUUUGAGGGAAAACUGAAAAGCACAGUAACAAGCAAAUUUCGCAUCAAAUUCAAAUAUCAGGGUACAGGCGCGCUCAGACAAAUCAAAAUCAAAUGCCGUCAAUCAUCUUCAUCGCUGUUCAGUGCUGUCAAUGCUCAACUAUGCAGGUGAAGCAGAGGAAGAAGAGCAGCAACAAAUGGACUUGCGUUGUCUGCAACCAGAAACAAUCGGUUCUCAAAGUCUUCGCUCAGUCAUUCAUGGCCAAAGACGUCCGCAAAAUCGUUCAAACUUUCAAUAUGUCUCGCCAAUUAGCCGAUCAAAAUCAAUCUCUUCAACUCGAUCAAGAAACCCUAGCUUCGACGUCUCCGAAACACGAUAAUAAUACUGACAAUCAGACGAAGAAACGGACUGAUUGGACCGAGUACAUUGAUCCUGAAGAUGAAGAUAAUAAUAACGAUAAUGAUGAUGAUGAUAAUGAUGAUGCUCGGAGUUCAGGAAAUGUGUUUGAUGCAAAGUUUGUUACGGAAUUGCCUAAGGCGGUGUUUAAGAAACCUAAGUUGAGUGGUUAUUCAUCUUCGUGUACUGGAAAGAGGAAUGACAAGUCUUAUAGGCCGGUUUUUGGAAAGAGGAAAUCUUCGUAUGAGCAACUUGAUUUAAUAGAGAGAGAACCAACCAAAUCUGGGGGAACAAUAGUGGACCCAAACCAGAGGGCUUGUGCAAACCAACCUGCUGACAUGUUUCCCCAUAGCAAUAUAUUGAAAGGCCGACUUUCGGAUGACAAGCGUGAGCCUUUCCGUGCUGCUGCCCUUUUUGCAGAAAAGGAGCUGAUGGGACACAAAUAUUCAGAAGACACAGGAGCAUCAAAAUGGACAGAUUACAUAGGUGUUAACGAUAGCAUUGGAGCUAAAGCACCAUCAGGACUUGAGCCAAAGGCUAGUGUAAGUUCAAAAUGGGCCGACUACAUUACAGAAGAAGAUGAUGAUGAUAAUGCUGACUUGAUGAUCCCAUCUCAGAAGAAUCAUCCGGGUCAUUGGAAUGAUGUUUCAUUUUGCACCUCUUUGUGUGAUCAGACUGCUGAAGAUGAUAUCCAUCCAGAUUUUCAUUGAUUAGUUGCGUAUUUUGGCACUGAUUGAUGUAAAAAAUUCAAAUUUAAAUCCAAACUGUGCAAAAAAAAAAAACAGCAGUAGCUUUUGCACUUUGGAUUAUAUUUUUCAUGUUCUUUUGGUAUUCACAGCUGUAGUUAAUGGUAUCUUUCUUACUUAUUAACCAACUCUUUACUUGAUUCAGAAGUAAAAAUUUCAAAGGCUGUGCUUUAUUAA